AGUUGCGUCAUCACUAGUGGCCGCUACGUUUGAAGGCAGCGACUGACCCACCGACUUUGCCUGAGCACGGAACCGCUUCGCCGGUGGGAAUAAUCGGUUUCCUGCACAGUUCCGUGCCCGUAGCUCCUGGGCUGCCCAUGAACGGCACCAUGGCCGCGUCUUCCCACCGGAUAAUGCUGGGGCCACUGGUUGCUGCUAUCGACCAGGGCACGAGCUCCACCCGCUUUCUGGUGUUUAAUUCAAAAACGGCAGAGCUCCUCAGCCAUCAUCAGGUGGAAAUCAAACAGAGCUUCCCAAAAGAAGGCUGGGUGGAGGAGGAUCCCAAAGAAAUCCUGCAGUCAGUGUACGAGUGCAUGGAGCGGACAUGUGAAAAGUUGAUGCAGCUCAACAUUGACAUCUCCAACAUCAAAGCUAUUGGAGUGACCAAUCAAAGAGAGACCACGCUUGUUUGGGACAAAGAGACGGGGGAGCCUCUCUACAAUGCAAUCGUGUGGCUGGACCUGCGGACUCAGUCAACGGUUGAGCGGCUUAUAAAUAAAACUCCAGGAAGAAAUAAGAACCACUUGAAGCAUAAAACGGGGCUCCCGAUCAGCACUUACUUCAGCGCCGUCAAACUUCGCUGGUUGAUGGACAACGUGGACGAGGUCCACCAAGCUGUGGUCUCGCACCGCGCCAUGUUUGGCACAGUCGACUCCUGGCUUAUUUGGUGUCUGACAGGGGGUAAGUCAGGCGGAGUCCACUGCACGGACGUGACCAACGCCAGCAGAACCAUGCUGUUUAACAUUCACACGAUGGACUGGGAUCCAGAACUUUGCAAAUAUUUUGGUAUUCCUAUGGAGAUCUUACCCAGGGUGAGGAGCUCAUCAGAAAUAUACGGCCUUAUGAAAAUAUGUUCUAGCCGGAAAUCAGGGGCUCUUUCAGGUAUUCCAAUAUCAGGGUGUCUUGGGGAUCAGUCAGCAGCGCUUGUUGGACAGAUGUGCUUUCAGGACGGGCAGGCUAAAAACACGCCAGUGAAACCAUCCAUGCCUGAGACCACAGCUCUUGGUGCAGCGAUGGCAGCAGGAGCAGCAGAGGGGGUGAGCGUUUGGAGUCUGAACCCCGAGGACCUGAGCGAAGUGACGUCAGAGAAGUUCGAACCUCAAAUCAACCCCGAAGAGAGCGAGUUUCGAUAUGCUCGGUGGAAGAAGGCUGUUGAGAAAUCCAUGAACUGGGAGACGAUGGAGCCUGUUUGCAAUGGAAACGGUGAAACCAGUAUCUUCAGCAGCGUCCCGCUUGGCUUCUACAUCAUUGGCAGCAUGCUGAUGUUAAUCGGAGCGAAAUACCUCACAGGCCACAAGUAGACUGCGAUUUCUGGAGGCAUUAAAUUGACGUGGGUGGGGGGGAGAGGAAACAGGACCAGCGCUUGUGCUCUUGUUGAAAUCUUACCCAAAAAUCAUUCCAGAGAGAGACACAGACCUCCUGCUGAGCCUCACCGCCGAGUACGAAAUCAGGACAACUCUGACUAACGGGACACCUUCAAUAUCAUUUUCAUGGUUAUUUAAUUUUUAAAAAAUUAUAUUUGUGGCAAAGAACACAUCAGUACGGUAUCCAUUAAUUUUAGCAGCAUUGCACAUGCAGUGUUUCCUUUUUUACAGGGUGAUGCAUUUCUGACUAUUUAUGUAGAUACUUGUUUAUGUGUAAGUGCGAGAUGCUGUCUAAUUUGUUUGUCACUAAUAACCUUGAACUGUCUAACCCUCAGACCCUCCACGGUGAGCUGCAGGAACUUUUUUAGAGCACUUUAUAAUUUUUUUUCUUUGUUUUUGCUUAGACGAUCUGUCCUAACGAGUCUUUGUAUGAUGUAUAUGUAUUUUUUCUUGUUUUGAACAGUUGGGAUUAAGACGCAGAAAGUUUGAGGUAGUCUGUAGUAAAACUGAAGGGACAGGUGGGACAUGGUGCACUGACGGGUCUGCUUUUAGUGAAAGUGAACCUGUACAUACUUGAUCGGUUGUUUAAAAACAAAAAGUGGGAAAAACGCGAUGCAGCGAAGGAUGGGAACUGGAUAUCCGUGGAAGUGCAGUGUAUAAGGAAAGCCGCACAUGCAUAUUCUUACACCAGGAAACAAAACGGCAGCAGCAGGUUGUAACUUGUUUACCGUUCAGCCCAAAAUGGAUUCAAUGUGUAAGCCUAGUCAUGGUUGACAAGGUCGGUUCACCCUGAGAUUCAUCUGUGAUCAUCAGAUUAAACUGGUACGCUCAUUUUUGGGUGACACCUGCUUUUUGUUGAAUGUACUGGA